AUCGCGUUCACUUUAGAGGCGUCGAUCGCUUGUGACUUACCGCGCAUUCACAAGAAACCGCAGUCUUCGACUAGUAUUUUGUUAGAAUCUAUGCAAGAAUAUUGGCGUCUGUGAUUAUUUUCGAAGCAUUUUAGUUCUCGUUUCUCUUCCUUUCGUGUUAUUAUGUCGCUUUGGACUCAUUUGAGUGGACUUAUGGUGUUUUUUAUCUGCGUGCUACAACUGGGGCAAGCGCUGCAAUGCUACGAAUGCAUGAAUCUCAAGGACAAGGCGUGCGGUACUUCUUAUACCGCAUCAGACAAGUAUAAUGUCACAUGCGAGCCGGAAGCGACUGCCUGCCGGAAGCUCGAAUACAGAGACAGCCUACAGGGGAUAACGACUGAUGGCGUGGUGGUAACGAGGUCGUGUUGGACAUCACCCGGGAAAGAAGGAUACGCUCCGGAAAAAUGCGAGAAAAUGUUUUCAUCUCACGUCUGCUACUGCACUACUGACGGAUGCAAUGGGGGACAACUCGUGCAACCACAUCGAGUUUUAGUCUCAGUGGCGUUACUUUCCUUGUUGCAGUUUGUGUUUAGGUUGACAAAUGUUUCUGUAGGUGGUAAAUAGUUAUUUAGAAAAGUUACGUUAGUUUGUCUGAAAGAAAAGGACUGUAUACGAAGCAAUAUCCAUAGAAACUUAAUAGGUUAUCUUAUUUAUAUGUUAAAUGUAGCGAGCGUAUCAUACAUAUACGCGUAGACCAAGCUUUACAAAUGUUUGUUUUGCGAUUGCAUAUCCAGAGUUAUUUGAAUUGGAUAUGUAGGUAUGGAAAUUAUCUCUUUUGUUUGCAAUCAUAAUUUCAUGUUCAGGACAAAUAUUUUAAAUAUGGACUAUUUCAUAUUUCAUACUUGUAUUGGUUGGCAAUCGCAAACCAAUAUAUUUUUUUAUGUUGGCCCUAUGGAUAAUGUGAAUAACAAUCAGAAAACGCCGAUUCAAGGUAUGCAUUAUAAUAUAAUUAUUAUAAAACAUAAGUAACAAAAGAGAUACAUUCGUAAAACGGAUUUAUAAACAUGCAGUUUGAGUCAUUAUUUACACUAAAUAGUUAGCCAAAGACAGUUCUAUUGAGGUCCAACAUUCAUCAACAGGAUUAGCAGUUCUCAGUGUAGAUAAGACACUAUGUGUUUACAAUGCACGAACUAAUAGAAACGCGAAUACCGGGGUACCUUCAUAUUCGUCCAGUUUAUGUUGUCUUGUAACGAAAUAUCUGAUGUAAUGUUUAAAAUGGAAACGAUUAUUUAUGUGCAUCAAUAUAUGUCUUAAGCACUGUAUAUAAUUACCAUAGAUCAUUAUUAUACAUGUAUUGUGUUGCUUCAAGAUUUAUUCUCUUUAUGGCGGCGUUUGGUUAUCUUCUUACAUCAGUAAAUGUUGACGUGAAAUAUUUAAUUUUACAUAAAUACACGCGACACAAAUUUAUUACACUAAAGUAUUGUUUUAAAUGUCCGCAAUGCACAUAGAGAAUA